UCGUGAAGCGCGUGAAGAUUCCGUGACUUGCGCAGGAGGGCGGUGAGCCUCGAGAGAGAACGAAGGAGCAGAAAACGAGCAUCCUUAAAUAACACCGUUUGGAGACGAGACACUGGAUCGUGAUUAAAAAUAAUUCGCUUGUGAGAGAGUGAAUGACAUUAGUACAUCAGCAUAUAAAUAUACCAGGGAUACUGGGGCAAGUUGUCAGUAUUUCGCCUGUAGUAGGCCUACUCCAUCAUGUACUCUGAGGAGUGGAGCAGGAAUCGGCAGGGUAGAGAGAAGGCUGUGAUCACGAAUUUCAGCUUUAGUCAGCUGCCAGAGGAGGAGAAGAGGGGUAGGAUAAAACAUCACAGCGCUCAUGACUCAGAGGAAUCCAUUCCUGAUGAUCGCUACCAUGGCAUCUACUUUGCCAUGCUGUUGGCUGGUGUCGGCUUUCUACUGCCAUACAAUAGUUUCAUCACCGAUGUGGACUACCUCCACCGCAAAUUCAAAGGCACCUCUAUUGUGUUUGACAUGAGUUUGACGUACAUACUGGUGGCUCUUAGUGCUGUUAUUGUGAACAAUGCACUCGUGGAGAGACUGAGCUUGCACACUCGCAUCUGUGUGGGAUAUCUAUUUGCAUUGGGACCUUUGGUGUUUGUGAGUGUGUUUGACGUCUGGUUGGAGCUGUUUGACACUCAGCAGUCCUAUGUUGUUACUCUGGCUGCAAUUGCCAUUGUUGCAUUUGGAUGCACAGUGCAGCAGUCCAGUUUCUAUGGUUACACUGGGAUGCUGCCCAAGAGGUACACACAGGGCGUGAUGACUGGAGAGAGCACUGCGGGAGUUAUUGUCUCUCUGAGUCGGAUUUUUACAAAGCUGCUGGUGGAAGACGAGAAGAACAACACCAUCAUCUUCUUCCUGUUCUCCAUCUCAAUAGAGACGCUCUGUUUUCUGCUACACGUGGUGGUGCGACAAACCCACUUUGUCCGUUAUCACACCGACAGAGCUCGUCACAGCCACAGCUGGCUCAAAGGACAGAUUAAUAAUGUUACGACACAAAAGCACAGUGGCUAUCAGAUACAUUACGACAGCAGUGCAGAGGAAGAGGAUGGAGUGGUGUCAAGCACAGUUGAUGACGCUGAUGCAGUAAAUCUUGGUAACGGUUCCCAUGGAGAUGGAAUAUACGUCAGAUUUGAUGUACCCAAACCAGAAACCAAAAGAACCUGGAUUAGUGUGAAGGAGCUUCUAGGUCGGAGGUGUGCUGUUGCUCGGAUGAUCUGGCCCUAUAUGCUCUCAAUCCUGGUGACAUAUUUUAUCACACUGUGUCUGUUCCCUGGUUUGGAGUCAGAGUUACGCAACGAUACACUGGGAGAAUGGCUGCCUAUUCUCACCAUGGCUCUGUUCAACAUGGCAGACUUUGUGGGCAAGAUCUUGGCAGCGUGUCCGUACGAGUGGGGUGGUGUUCAGCUGCUAGUCUGGUCAUGUUUGCGUGUUCUCUUCCUGCCCCUGUUUGUAAUGUGCGUGUCUCCUGUGCAGCACCCCCUGCUGGCGCACCCAGCCUGGCCCUGCGGCCUCUCCUUGAUGCUGGGUAUCAGUAACGGAUACCUCGGCUCAGUACCAAUGAUACAGGCGGCCGGCAAGGUGCCACUUCAGCAGCGAGAAGUGGCGGGGAACACCAUGACUGUAUCAUAUAUGGCUGGACUGAUGCUCGGGUCUGCAGUGUCUUACUCCACAUACAGUCUGACCUCACAGGCACACACUACUCACACGCUGAAACUCAACAACACACUCACAUUACACAGCUAUAUACCUGGCCACUGAGUGUCUCUCUCACAUGUACACUGUUAAUUAUGUAAGAAUAAACAACAUUUCCAAACUCUAUCCCUGCUAAAAAACACCAGCUUAGACCAGAGUUUGCAUACUGGUUCAGGCUGGGUUUUGCAAGGAAAGUCUGUAUCCUGAAAAGUCUAUGUAUUCUGAUUUAGGACACCAGCAUAUUAGCAUUUCAUUCUGGGAACCAGCAUCCAAAACACAACAUAUGCUGGUGAACAGCUAUGCUGUUUUUUUCAUCAGGAAUGUUAGCUCUGAUAAAGUGCGUUGAAAUAUCCAUUUGCAUAUAAUCCAAAACUAUAUGAAAACCCAUCAAAUUGUUAAAUAAAUUGGUGUAUGACUGUUCCUGUCAUGUUUAAAUGUACGGCCACCAUGUGUAAUUUACUGUAAGAUGGAUAUGCUUUAUGACUGGUUGAAAAAAGUCUUGUUGGUGUCUUAGUUUUAGUUUAUGACCUUCCACUUUCACCUAUUCAAACCAAGGAUAGGUUUCAUUAUUCGCAAAAAGUCUUAUUCUGGACAAAAAGCACCCACUGAUACAGGAAGAUGUCAUUUGACUGACAUGUAAAAUUGACUAUAUACUGUUUGCUUUUUUGAUGUAAUGUUUAAGGGACAGGUACAUCUGAAGGUGGAAUGGGGAAAAGUUGAUCUUUUAACUUUAACGCAGUGUUUUUAACUCCCACGCACAAGAUGCUGCAAAAGAUGCAAGGCACAAGCGCAACUGUCAAACACGUCUGUCUAGCAUGUUUACAUUGAAAAACUAUGGAAAAGUAGUGCAGUGAAAUAGUAAAAUGCGUUCUGUGUGUAUGGCCCCAAAAGAUUUGAUGCCACAGAUCUCUCAAACUUUGCCACAUACAGCAACUAUUGUAGCAGCCUGGGAAGCUGCAUUGCUUGUGUUGGGGUCGUGGAGCUUUACCCCCUCAUCAUCCCAUCAUUUACUGUCGUUUUUACACUGUUUCUGACAAUAAAAGUCUUAAAAAGGCUAGAAAAAGAUUGGAGCUUGUCAUUUUGAGAGCGCUUAUGCGUAUGCUUAUGCUUAAGUUUCUGUUGAAGAUUGUUUAGCCAAAUAAUUGCAGCUUGUCUGUGACCAGUUCAGAGUCAAGACCAGUUCAGUCCAAUAAAAUAGCCCAUUAUAAUGAAAUCUUUACUGAUUCUUCUAAUAAACUAAACUGA